AUGUCUACGCUCAACAGCACCCACCAUCAACCACCCUUCUUCCUCCUGUCAGGAAUCCCAGGGCUGGAGGCAUCUCAUAUCUGGAUCUCCAUGCCAUUGAGCAUCAUGUAUGUGACUGCCAUCCUGGGAAACAGCAUCAUCAUUCACAUAGUACACAAGGCUCCCAGCCUUCAUGAGCCUCAAUAUGUAUUCUUGUCCUUGUUAGCCGCCACUGACAUAGGCAUGUCAGCAUUUACACUGCCCACUGUUCUUAAAGUCUUUAUUUUCAACCACCGAGAGACUGGGUUCCAUGGUUGCCUGGCUCAGAUAUUCUUCAUCCACACCUUCUCUUCCAUGGAGUCAGCCAUGCUGCUGGCUAUGGCUUUUGACCGUUUUAUGGCCAUAUGCAACCCACUACGCUACACCAUAGUCCUGACUCCCUCCCGCAUUACUCAGAUGGGCCUGGCUGCUGUGGCUCGAGGGGCAGCAUUGAUGAUGCCCUUGCCCAUUCUGCUCCAACAGCUUCCCUUCUGUAGGAAUAUUGUUCUAUCCUACUCAUUCUGCUUCCACCCUGAUGUGAUGAAGCUGGCAUGCGGGUCUAUUCGUGUGAACAUUAUCUAUGGGCUGGUCUUGGUACUCUGCUCCUUUGGGGUUGACUCCAUCUUUAUUGUUCUGUCUUAUGCUCUAGUCUUGAAGACGGUUCUGGGAAUAGCUUCCAGGGAAGGACGCCUUAAGGUGCUCAGCACUUGUGUCUCCCACAUUCACACUGUCUUCAUUUUCUACGUCCCACUUAUUGCCUUAGCCUUGAUCCACAGAAUAGGCAGGUACCACUCCCCUCUCCCUCACAUCACCUUGUCCAAUAUUUUCCUUUUUCUCACACCUGUCCUUAACCCAUUGGUUUAUAGAGUGAAAACAAAACAGAUUAGAAGUGCACUAGAUAGACUGUUCAAAUUUAAGACAAGAUAG